UCAAAGUUCUAGAGAGAGAAACAAAACAAAAGCUUUCUUGCAACACAUAAAAACAAUUCCACUUUCUUCUUCACGCAAUCACAUCAAGAUUUCUCUUUUAUUCAUCUUUUCGCUUUCUUAUAUCCAAUCGUUUUCGUAUUCCACUUCAAUUUCUCAAUCACUUCUGGGGUUUCAGUGGUUCCGUUGAUUCAGUUUUCUUCGGUUUACAGUUUGAAAUUCUUGGUUUUUGAUCGAUUAACGGUGGUUUGUCAUCUGGGUUUCUUACAGAAUCUUGGUGUAAUCAUCGAACGUCGUUGGGGGAUGGACGACCUUCUCCUGCAUAUUUAUAAUCUUAUAUAACAAUGUUCGGUGGGCAAAUAGGUGCCACAACCCUCCACAACUUAAAACAAAAAUUACUCGGUGAAUCAUCUUAUACACCAUUUAGUGACAAUGUUAACCCUGAAAUCGAGUUAUCCGAUUACCAACGGGCCCCGAGUCCUGGUAGCGAAAGCCCGUCUGGGCUUCUAAACGGUGAAAGCUUCAAAGUCGAACCGAUAGCCGAUUUGGAUUUAUUCUUCGAGAGACUCUAUAGCUACUAUUGUGAAAAAGGUCUAUGGUGCAUCAUUAUUAAGUGGAUCGUUGAGCUUUUGAGUUUGGCGUUUACUAUAUGUUUUUCGGGCUUUUUUAUAUUGUUUGUUGAUUGGGAUGGUCUUCGAAAAGCGAAAUGUGGGAUGGAUGCUGUUGAAUCCGGGAUAAAACCGUGUGAUCUUGCGAAAGAGGCUCUUCAUGAACAUCCUUUGACGCCUUUAACGACUUUUAAGGUUGUUAUUUUCGGUUAUUUGGGAAUCACCUUCGUUUAUUGGAUAUUUUGCUUUCUACGGUUCUUUGUACAGUUGAAGGAUACACUCGACAUACGCCAAUUCUACAUUAACAGUCUUGGCGUAACCGACAAUGAGAUGCAAACGAUGCCAUGGGCAUCGAUUCUCGAAAAAGUGGUCCAAAUUCAAGAAACACGACAACUAUGUGUGGUCAAGGAUCUUUCGGCACACGAUAUUGUGAUGAGAUUGAUGAGGAAGGAAAACUACUUGAUUGGAAUGUUGAAUAAAGGUGUGUUAGCCUUCCCGAUAUCUUCGUGGGUCCCAGGUGCGGGUCCCACCAUCAAGAAAGGUCCCGAUGGUACACGAUAUUGCCUGAUGCUAACCAAGACCCUUGAAUGGACUCUAAAUUGGUGCAUAUUACACAGCAUGUUUGAUAGAAACUUUUGUAUUAGAAAGGACUUUGUUAGGGACCGUAACACUUUAAAGAAAAGGCUAAUGGUUGUCGGGAUCGCAAUGCUUCUUCUAUCUCCGUUUCUUGUCGUUUUUAUGCUCGUGUAUCUAUUUCUAACACACGCAGAACAAUUUUAUAAGCAUCCUAGUACCGCUUCUUCUAGAAGAUGGUCAAAUCUUUCAAAAUGGAUAUUCAGGGAAUUCAACGAGGUGAAUCAUCUGUUCAAGCACCGUAUCAACAGCAGCGUUACACACGCGUCGGAUUAUCUAAAGCAAUUCCCGUCACCUAUUCUUUCAAUCAUCGCAAAGUUCAUAUCUUUCGUUUCCGGUGGCUUUGCUGCAAUCUUGAUCAUCAUCGCUUUUGUUGAUGAAUCUUUACUUGAAGGCCAUAUUUUUGGACGUAAUUUGUUUUGGUAUGCAGCUGUUUUCGGAGCGAUAACCGCCAUAGGCCGGGCUCUUGUGUCGGAUGAACUUUUAGUACUUGAUCCACAUGGGACUAUGUCGUUAACGGUUCAACACACGCAUUAUAUGCCGAAAAAAUGGCGCGGUAAAGAAAAUACCGAAUUUGUUCGAGUGGAGUUCGAGACUCUUUUCCAGUACACCGGAAAGUUGUUGCUGGAAGAGAUGGCUUCGAUAUUUUUAACUCCGUUCUUGCUUAUCUUUGUAGUACCAAAGCGGGUUGAUGAGAUUCUGCAGUUCAUCGAGGACUUCACUAUUGAUGUUGAAGGCGUCGGUCAUGUUUGCAGUUUUAGUUUAUUCGACUUCCAAAAACAUGGAAAUAGCAAGUAUGCGUCGCCACAUAACUCGUCAAGUGCUUAUAGAAGUUCGCAGGGGAAAAUGGAGAAAUCGUUCCUAAGCUUUCAAACUAGCUAUCCUUCAUGGGAACCAAGCGCCGACGGAAAACAAUUCCUUUCGACACUCGAGGCGUUCAAGGAACGCAAGUUUCAAGAACAGGGUAUAAGACCAAGCUAUAUAAGCCCGAACCAGUUGCCGCAGUGGGCCCCUACCUGCCCAGCGCAAGGUGACCCAAACAGCUACUUUUCACGGGACACGGGCCUCAACGUUUCAAAAAGCGCGUACCAACGAGAUUGUAUGUGGUUCAUUGAUCUCGUUCAAAACAACCACCCGUACAUUCUCGACUGGUACUACACAUCUUUUCAACAUCACGGGCCACGUGACGUCGAGUCAGCGCCGAUAGAGGACAGCAUGGCAAACGUGUGGGACCCACCCGACUUAGGUCGGGAGCUGGUCCCGUAUGACGAGAAUUGGGGAAGCUUUUUCGAGGACCGAAUCGGGAGUAAUCUAAAAGCUUCGACGUCUGCUCCGUUAUCACGUGGAAGCGUUCUACACCAUCAUUAUUCGGGCAAUGUGGGCCCGGCCGGUAAAAGCCACUGGUGGGCCCGUGGUGGUGGUGUUUCACGAGUGAUGGGCCCAGGCCCAGGACCUCAAACUAGCUUUCUUGAGCCACCAAACUUUAUUCAAGAAGAUUACGACUACCAUGAUAAUUACUCGAACCGAAGCUUUGAACAACAACCGUUUGACUGGAGGGGGUCAAAGUCAAACGUGUUAUCGAAGACGUUUUAUAUGGGUGAUAUCGAGGGAGGAAAAUCCGAUCUUCCGUUUGAUGAUAUUUAUGAAAGGCGUUCUCAAAGCCCGCCAAGAACCCGAAGGAGCUCGUUGUGAAAUAUUUGUGUUUUCGGGUGAUAUUUGGAAAAAAAAAAAAAAAAAACUGUUAGAACAUUCUUUUAUUGUAUAUAAAUUCGAUUAGGAAAUUAAAGUCGAAAACGUUAGUUUGGAAGAUGAUUCAACUGUACAGAUUCGCGUAGUUGAUGUAAAUAAGAAACCGGAUAAACCAGGAUUGAUGAUUUGUUUAUA